UCGGCAGGAUGCGAGGGUACUUAUGGAAGCGAGGGGAACAGAGCGACUCUUCUAUCCCGAGCGUGUAGCACGGAGGCAUCCUUUCUCAAGACAGUCGUCAGUAUUCUAGUGGGGAGUUUGUCGUGCUCAACAGCUGGUCGCCAUGCCCACCGACGCUCAAAGCGACGCCCGCUCCUUCCUCACUGAGGAGAUGAUCGCAGAGUUCAAGGCCGCCUUCGACAUGUUCGACACCGACGGCGGCGGCGACAUCAGCACCAAGGAGCUGGGCACCGUGAUGAGGAUGCUGGGCCAAAACCCGUCGAGGGAGGAGCUGGACGCCAUCAUUGAGGAAGUGGACGAGGACGGCAGCGGUACCAUCGACUUCGAGGAGUUCUUGGUCAUGAUGGUGCAACAGUUGAAGGAGGACCAGGCCGGGAAGAGCGAAGAGGAGCUUUCCGAAUGCUUCCGUAUUUUCGACAAGAACGCAGACGGGUUCAUCGACCGAGAGGAGUUUGGAGACAUUCUGCACAUGACCGGAGAAGCCAUCACAGAGGAAGACAUCGAUGAGAUGUUCGGCGAGUCGGACAACAACAAGGACGGAAAGAUUGAUUUUGAUGAGUUUUUGAAGAUGAUGGAGAACGUUCAGUAAAGACCACAAUUCCCUGGAGAUCCUCCCGAAGCCCCUAAAAGAAGCCCUCAAGCCUGGCGAGAAUGUCUAAAAAUAUCCGUCCAAGCCUUUUAAGACGAGGACACUUUCCCCCGGCCGGUCGUCAGCUGUCCCUUCGUUGGCAGCUGACCCUCCUGACACGCGACACCGUGGAUUCCCUGCAAAGCCCCGAACUCCUCCUCCUCCUCCUCCACAACGAGCCUAUCCUGUGCUGUCCUCUGAAAUAAAGCCAACUUUGACUCCUC